GAGCAAGUAUAAAAGUAACGGUCACCACUGACAGGAAUACACAGCAGCCACAGCUCAGUCCUGAGGAACAACCAAACAAUCAUGACCAUGGGCAAGAUCAUCUUCUACGAGGACAGGAACUUCCAGGGUCGCCACUAUGAGACCAGCAGCGACUGCCCUGAGCUGACCUCCUACCUGAGCAGGUGCCACUCCUGCAAGGUGGAGAGCGGCUGCUGCAUGGUCUACGACCGUCCCAACUACAUGGGAAACCAGUACUUCAUGAGGAGGGGCGAGUAUGCUGACUACAUGAGCAUGAUGGGAAUGAGAGACUGCAUCAGGUCUUGCCGUAUGAUCCCCAUGCACAGAGGCCAGUUCAGGAUGAGGAUCUACGAGAGGGAGAACUUCGGUGGUCAGAUGUAUGAGCUGAUGGACGACUGCGACAACAUCAUGGACCGCUACCGCAUGUCCGACUGCCAGUCCUGCAACGUGAUGGACGGCCACUGGCUGAUGUACGAGCAGCCCCACUACAGAGGCAGGAUGAUGUACAUGAGGCCCGGAGAGUACAGGAGCUUCAGGGACAUGGGCAUGAGCGGCAUGAGGUGGAUGAGCAUGAGGCGCAUCAUGGACAUGUAAAAACACUUGUGUCGAAUAUGUCUAAACAUGCCAAAAUAAUAAAACUUUUUUGAGAAAAUG